AUGCGGGCUAUCCCUCCAAAGUGUGGCAACUCUAGCUAUGUUGAUCAUAACUUUUCAAAUAUUUUUAUUCAUUUCACAAUUGUCUUUGAGAUUCCGGUCUCGGUAUUCGCAGUAUACUGUAUUCUGAUGGUCACACCAUCGAGAGCAAUCGAGAUGAAAAUUUUCUAUGCUCUUAUUCUGAUUGCGCUGGUUCCAAAUGUUUUCUUAAUUUUCCCGAUAACGGGAAUGUUAAUAGGAGCUGAGAAUUCAAUGUCAUACAAUCCAGCUCUCGGGGAAUAUAUGGUGUCUUCUCUGUCGAUUCAUGGAGUUCUGUCUACGUUAACAUUGAUUUUGAGUCAUAAACCGUACCGACUGGAGGCAGAUCGACUGAGAAGGAAACUGUUUUGCAGCAAAUCUGGCUCGAGGAAUAGUACGGUUAAAGUGGAAUGCAGCACGAAGUCUGUUAAAUACUAA